UAAGCCUUCAAGCCCCCAUUGUAGGCAAAGUAACUAAAAAGCUUCCUUCUUUUUCUAUUUCUCCUUUUCUCUCGGUUUCUAUCCCAAAACCAUGGCUGCCUUUUGGAACAAACCAGUGCUCUUAUGUCUUACAUUGUCUGCUAUCCUAAGCUUGUGUUCGGUUCUUUCAACAGCAGAGUUCCAGCAGUUUGAGCAAGACCCAAAAGCCGACGGCUCUCUUAGCUUUUUGGUGGUCGGAGACUGGGGAAGAAGAGGAGGUUUCAACCAAUCUGAAGUUGCUGUGCAGAUGGGAAUAAUUGGAGAGAAGCUGGACAUUGAUUUUGUGAUUUCAACCGGCGAUAAUUUUUACGAUGGUGGAUUGAAAGGCGUAGAUGAUCCGGCAUUCGAUGAGUCAUUUACCAAUAUCUACACAGCGCCUAGCUUGCAAAAGCAGUGGUACAAUGUGUUGGGAAAUCAUGACUACAGGGGAGAUGUUAUGGCGCAACUGAGUCCCAUCCUUACGAAACUGGAUAGCAGAUGGCUUUGCUUGAGGUCUUUUAUUCUCAAUGCUGAAAUUGUGGAAUUUUUCUUCGUGGACACAACUCCUUUUGUCGAUAAAUACUUCAAGGACCCAAAGGACGAUGUCUAUGACUGGAGAGGCGUAUUACCUCGAAAGCAAUACCUUUCAAAUAUCCUAAAGGAUUUGGAUUUGGCAUUAAAAGAAUCGAGUGCAAAGUGGAAGAUCGUGGUCGGUCACCAUACCAUCAGAAGUGCUGGACAACAUGGUAACACCAAUGAGCUUGUACUCCAGCUUCUUCCAAUCCUUGAGGAAAACAAUGUUGAUCUUUACAUAAAUGGGCAUGAUCAUUGCUUGGAACACAUAAGUAGUCCGCACAGUCGAAUUCAAUUUUUGACAAGCGGAGGCGGGUCAAAGGCGUGGAGGGGUGACGUUGAUUGGCGGAAUCCAGAGGAAAUGAAGUUUUUCUACGACGGGCAAGGAUUCAUGUCGGUGCAAAUUACUCAAACCAGAGUUGACAUUGCAUUCUAUGAUGUUUUUGGCAAUGUUUUGCACACGUGGGACACAUCCAAGCAGCUCUACGCUGCCGCGUAGGGUAGUUUCAAUGAAAGAAGCUGAGAGAGGGCAAUUAGAUGAUGAAAGAUAUCUUAUAUUAUGAAGCUUAGCCCUCUGCUGGGGAUCUAAAAGAAAAAAGGGAUUAAUAUUAUGUAUUAAAACUAAUUAAAAGAGAGAGAGAUGUAAUGUAAUAUAAUGAACUUCCUUCUUUUUCUCCUUACUUCUUGGGAAGCCUGUAAUCUCUAUUAAUGCUUUAAAUAAUUGGUCUGGGUAUAAAUUAAAGAGUACUUCUUAACUA